CAUUUAACCAGAUGGAUUUGAACAAAGUCUGCUUUAUGUGUAGUUUACGGUCCCGUGCGUUAGCUACCAGUACUAUUUGACCCCAUUCGGGAGGUUAGCGACCCCGGGUGCUGUUGUCAAAAAACCCCAGACAGCUGGGUGUCACGUGACGUGACGUGACGUGUAACCAGCAUGGCGGCGCUGAGGUAGCGACUCGGGAGUUGAGUGACACCGCUAGCCUGGCUUUUCGUUAGCUUCCCUUGUCACCUGCUCACCCGCCGAGGGCCAGGCCGAGGAUGACGGCCUGAGAAGAGGAGCGGUACCGACACCGAGAGAUGCAGCAGCAGCACCGCCGGCCGCCACCCCCAUACCAGCAGCACUCCAAGGCAGAAAACAGCAGAACCAAGAGCAUGUUUCUGUCUCGGGCGCUGGAGAAAAUCCUCUCGGAUAAGGAGGUGAAGAGGAGCCAGAACAGCCAGCUGCGUAAAGCCUGCCAGGUGGCGCUCGAUGAAAUCAAGGGAGAGCUCGAGAAACAAAAGGAUGGAACGGUGGUCCCACCCAGAGCCAACUACAUCGAGGCGGACAAAUAUGUGCUGCCCUUUGAGUUGGCCUGUCAGUCAAAGUCCCCCCGGAUAGUUAGCACCUCGUUGGACUGUCUGCAGAAGCUGAUCGCGUACGGCCACAUCACGGGCAACGCCCCGGACAGCAGGACGCCGGGCAAGAGGCUCAUCGACCGGCUGAUGGAGACCGUCUGCAACUGCUUCCAGGGCCCGCAGACCGACGAGGGCGUCCAGCUGCAGAUCAUCAAGGCGCUGCUGACGGCGGUGACCUCGCCUCACAUCGAGAUCCACGAGGGCACGGUGCUCCUCACCGUCAGGACCUGCUACAACAUCUACCUGGCCAGCCGCAACCUCAUCAACCAGACCACGGCCAAGGCCACGCUCACGCAGAUGCUCAACGUCAUCUUCACGCGCAUGGAGAACCAGGCGGCGCUGGAGGCUCAGGAGCAGGAGAAGGACCGGCUCAGUCUGCCCCAGCAGAACCCGUCCCCGGUGCCGGGCGCUCGGAGGUCCGGCUCCCUGCGGUGUGACAGGACGCCGACCCCGGGGCCCCGGGGCUCGCCGACCCCGGAGCCCCGGGGCUCGCCGUCCCCGGCGGUCAGCACUCCGGACCUCACCAUCGUCGAGGCCGCCGCCGGCUCCUCGCCCCUGCCGCCAGCCCCCGAUGUGAACCAGGACCUGGACCUGGACCGGGGUCGGGACCGAGCGCCAGACACACCGCCAAUAAACGGAGAUCCUGAGGGCGGCAGCGCUCCGCUGAACGGAGGAGAAGAAGAACAGAUCACGCCCUCCAGAGAUUCAGUGUUUGAAGAUGGUGUGGAGACGCCUCCUACAGAAGCGGAGGAAGUGGACCGACCGGGCAGCAACCCGGAUCCCCCCGAGGCGGCGAUGCCCGGCGCCGUGGAGGGAGACCCCAGGGAGACGGCCAGGAACAUGUCCUGUACUUGUACUGUGGCUUCUCCUCCAGGAGGCGAGCACCCAGCCCCCCCUCUGGAUGAGACGGAAGUGGCGCCCCCCGCAGUCCGAACAGAGGGUCAGCAGAUGAACGGCAUCAUCGAGGACCGCGCCUCAGUUUCCUCCACGGACAUGCUGGAUGCCGAGGCGCUGCAGGGGCCGCACGGCGCCACCCGCUUCUCCCACAUCCUGCAGAAAGACGCCUUCCUGGUGUUCCGCUCGCUGUGCAAGCUCUCCAUGAAGCCUCUGGCCGAGGGCCCGCCGGACCCCAAGUCCCAUGAGCUGCGGUCCAAGAUCGUGUCCCUGCAGCUGCUGCUCUCCGUGCUUCAGGGCGCCGGCCCGGUGUUCCGGACUCACGAGAUGUUCGUGAACGCCAUCAAGCAGUACCUGUGCGUGGCGCUGUCCAAGAACGGCGUCUCCUCCGUGCCGGAGGUCUUCGAGCUCUCGCUGGCCAUCUUCCUCACGUUGCUCUCCCACUUCAAGGUCCACCUGAAGAUGCAGAUCGAGGUGUUUUUCCGGGAGAUUUUUCUCACCAUCCUGGAGACCUCGUCCAGCUCCUUCGAGCACAAGUGGAUGGUCAUCCAGACACUGACGCGCAUCUGUGCAGACGCUCAGUGCGUGGUCGACAUCUUCGUGAACUACGACUGUGACUUGAACGCGGCCAACAUCUUCGAGCGCCUCAUCAGCGACCUGUCGAAGAUCGCUCAGGGCCGCAGCGGCCAGGAGCUCGGCAUGACGCCGCUGCAGGAGCUGAGUCUGCGUAAGAAGGGUUUGGAGUGUCUCGUGUCGAUCCUCAAGUGCAUGGUGGAGUGGAGCAAAGACAUGUACGUCAACCCAAACCUUCAAGCCAACCUCGGCCAGGAGCAUCCGUCCGACGGCGCCGAGCUGAAGCUCCCCGAGCCGCCGGCCGGGCGCAGAGACAGCGUCAGCUCUCUGGACUCCACCGUCUCCUCCAGCAUGGCGCCGUCGCAGGCCGGCCACCCCGAGCAGUACGAGGUCAUCAAGCAGCAGAAGGACAUCAUCGAGCACGGCAUCCAACUGUUCAACAAGAAGCCGAAGCGAGGUAUCCAGUACCUGCAGGACCAGGGCAUGCUGGGAGCUGCUGCCGAGGACAUCGCCCAGUUCCUCCACCAGGAGGAGCGCCUGGACACGACUCAGGUGGGCGAGUUCCUGGGCGAGAACAUCAAGUUCAACAUCGAGGUGAUGUACUGCUACGUGGACCAGCUGGACUUCUGCGGCCGGGACUUUGUCUCGGCGCUCCGGGUGUUCCUGGAAGGCUUCCGGCUGCCCGGCGAGGCCCAGAAGAUCGACCGGCUGAUGGAGAAGUUUGCUGCCCGAUACCUGGAGUGCAACCAGGGCCAGACCCUGUUUGCCAGCGCCGACACGGCCUACGUGCUGGCGUACUCCAUCAUCAUGCUCACCACGGAUCUGCACAGCCCUCAGGUGAAGAACAAGAUGACGAAGGAGCAGUACAUCAAGAUGAACCGCGGCAUCAACGACAGCAAGGACCUGCCCGAGGAGUACCUGUCCUCCAUCUACGACGAGAUCGCUGGCAAGAAGAUCGCCAUGAAGGAGAGCAAAGAGUUCUCGCUCACGCCCAAGUCCACCAAGCAGAGUGUCGCCAGUGAGAAGCAGCGGCGCCUGCUGUACAACGUGGAGAUGGAGCAGAUGGCGAAGACCGCCAAAGCUCUGAUGGAGGCCGUCAGCCACGCCCAGGCGCCGUUCUUCAGCGCCACGCACCUGGAUCACGUCAGGCCCAUGUUCAAGCUGGCGUGGACCCCCCUGCUGGCGGCGUUCAGCGUGGGGCUGCAGGACUGCGACGACCCCGAGGUGGCGUCCCUGUGCCUGGAGGGCAUCCGCUGUGCCAUCAGGAUCGCCAGCAUCUUCAGCAUGCAGUUGGAGCGAGACGCGUACGUCCAGGCGUUGGCCCGCUUCACGCUGCUGACGGCGAGCUCCAGCAUCACGGAGAUGAAGCAGAAGAACAUCGACACCAUCAAGACGCUGAUCACCGUGGCCCACACCGACGGGAACUACCUGGGCAACUCCUGGCACGAGAUCUUGAGGUGCAUCAGCCAGCUGGAGCUCGCCCAGCUGAUCGGCACCGGGGUGAAGACGCGCUACAUCUCGGGGGUGGUCCGGGACAAGGAGGCCGGCAUCCGGGGCCUCCCCUCCGGCACGGAGGAGUUCAUGCCCCUGGGCCUCGGGAACCUGGUGGGAAGCCAGGACAAGAGACAGAUGGCUCACAUCCAGGAGUCGGUAGGAGAGACCAGCUCUCAGAGUGUGGUGGUAGCUGUGGACAGGAUCUUCACUGGCUCCACCAGACUAGAUGGAAAUGCAAUUGUGGACUUUGUGCGCUGGCUGUGCGUCGUGUCCAUGGACGAGCUGGCCUCGACCCACCAGGCCCGCAUGUUCAGCCUGCAGAAGAUUGUGGAGAUCUCGUACUACAACAUGAACCGCAUCCGGCUGCAGUGGUCCCGGAUCUGGCAUGUCAUCGGAGACCACUUCAACAAGGUGGGCUGCAACCCCAACGAGGACGUCGCCAUCUUCGCCGUGGACUCGCUGCGGCAGCUCUCCAUGAAGUUCCUGGAGAAAGGAGAGCUGGCCAACUUCCGCUUCCAGAAGGACUUCCUCCGGCCCUUUGAGCACAUCAUGAAGAAGAACAGGUCGCCCACCAUCAGGGACAUGGUGAUCAGGUGUGUGGCUCAGAUGGUCAACUCCCAGGCCGCCAACAUCCGCUCCGGGUGGAAGAACAUCUUCUCCGUGUUCCACCAGGCGGCCUCCGACCACGACAAGGCCAUCGUGGAGCUGGCCUUCCAGACCACGGGCCACAUCGUCACGAUCACCUUCCAGGAGCACUUUGCUGCCGCCAUCGACUCGUUCCAGGACGCGGUGAAGUGUCUGUCGGAGUUCGUCUGCAACGCGGCGUUCCCCGACACCAGCAUGGAGGCCAUCCGGCUCAUACGCCACUGCGCCAAAUACGUCUCCGAGCGGCCGCAGGCCCUGAGGGAGUACACCAGCGACGACAUGAACGUGGCCCCGGGGGACCGGGUGUGGGUGCGCGGCUGGUUCCCCAUCCUGUUCGAGCUCUCCUGCAUCAUCAACCGCUGCAAGCUGGACGUCCGCACCAGAGGGCUCACGGUCAUGUUCGAGAUCAUGAAGAGCUACGGCCUCACCUUCGAGAAGCACUGGUGGCACGACCUCUUCAGGAUCGUCUUCCGCAUCUUCGACAACAUGAAGCUCCCGGAGCAGCAGACGGAGAAAACCGAGUGGAUGACGACGACGUGCAACCACGCCCUGUACGCCAUCUGUGACGUGUUCACGCAGUUCUACGAGCCGCUCAGCGAGAUCCUGCUGGAGGACAUCUUCACGCAGCUGCAGUGGUGCGUCCGGCAAGACAACGAGCAGCUGGCUCGGUCGGGGACCAACUGCCUGGAGAACCUGGUGAUCCUGAACGGGGAGAAGUUCAGCCCCGAGGUCUGGAACAGCACCUGCUCCUGCAUGCUGGAGAUCUUCCAGAACACCAGCCCUCACGUUUUGUUGACUUGGAGACCGGCCGGACAGGAGGAGGAGACGGCAGACGGAAAGCACUUAGAGGCCGACUUCGACAGCGUGUCCCAGAGCAGCUACGACCGAGCGCUGUCUGAGAGGGGCCACAGCCAGAUGUCCAGCGACGACACCUGGAAGGGCAAGUCCAACGCGAGAGUAUCGGACCACAAGCUUUUUGCAGCGCUGCUCAUUAAAUGCGUCGUGCAGCUGGAACUCAUCCAGACCAUCGACAACAUCGUGUUCUACCCGGCAACCAGCAAGAAGGAGGAUGCGGAGAACAUGGCCGCUGCACAGCGAGGCGCUCUGGAGGAGUCGGAGGCCGAGGGGGGCGAGGCGGGCUCGGAACAAGGCAUGUACAAGCACAUGACCUCUGCACACCUCUUCAAGCUGCUCGACUGCCUCCUGGAGUCGCACACCUUCGCCAAGGACUUCAACUCCAACAACGAGCAGAGGACGGCUCUCUGGAGGGCAGGCUUCAAAGGGAAGUCCAAGCCCAACUUGCUGAAGCAGGAGACCAGCAGCCUGGCCUGCAGCCUGCGGAUCCUGUUCAGGAUGUACUCUGACCUCCAGCUGCAGGCCUCCUGGCCCGACAUCCAGACCCGCCUGCUGCUGGUGUGUAGUGAAGCUCUGGCCUACUUCAUCAGUCUGACCUCAGAGAGCCACCGCGAGGCGUGGAACAGCCUGCUGAUGCUGCUGCUCACCAGGACGCUGCGGCUGGCUGACGACAAGUUCAAGCCCCACGCCUCCUGCUACUACCCCCACCUGUGUGAGAUGAUGCAGUUCGAUCUGAUCCCAGAGCUGCGGGCCGUCCUCCGCCGCUUCUUCCUGCGCAUCGGCUCCGUCUUCCACAUCGCGGCGCCCGAGGGGACGACGACGGCGGCGGCCCGGACUCCGCCCACGCCCUAGAACGAGUGUGGCGUCGGGACAACCGGUAACGGGCGGCGCAUCCGCCCCCUCUAUUUUGGGAUUGGAACCGAUGACUGAGGGUGACGACGAAGACUGUAGCCCCUCGGUGCAUCGUGGCGUUGCAGAGAAGUCUUCACCCUGUCCUUCCUCCCUACUUCCUCUAGGGGAUGAACUGUGACCGGCGCUCUCUGCCCCCCCCCCCCCCCCCAACUUGCAAUGACAAGAAAAGACAAAUAAUUUAUUAAUAUUGUACCCGAUUUAUCUUUUCCUUAAAAUACUUCACACGAAAAAAGUAUAUAUCAAAAUGAACGAUGCCUACCGGGGAAUUUGAUGAAUUUUACAUUUGCGGCUUUUGCGAAUAAAAAAUCUCUCGGCCACCUGUGCCUGUCGGAAAACGAUGACGUCAUCAGUGUCGCCCCCCCCCCCCCCCCCUCGAUGUGAGUGUGGUGAUCUCCUCCCAACAUGUUGUGACUUGUGGUGUCGAUGCUCUCCCAGAGAGUUGGGUGUCACUUUAAGCCUCUCGUGUUUCCGUCUCCUUCAACGACAUCAGAGAUGCAUCGCGGCUCCGUGUGGCCGCCGCCUUGUUUCUGAUUCUUCAUCAAUGAGAAUUUACUUAUUUAAUUUUCGCUCACUUGAUUUAAUUUGUAUUCUGAUCCUUCGUUCUGGAUGAUCUCUGGAAGCCGCCUGCUCCUCCGCCACGCAUUCCCCCCCGUACGCCUCACGCUGAAGGACGAGGAGUCGGCGCCUCCUCGCUUUUUAGAUUUACAGCCGGCUCGUAAAAUCCUUCUGCUAAUCCGUCAGGUGACGCGGCGCUCGGCUGUUUUUUCCCCCCCACUCUUUUUGCACAUGUGUUGCCUCACGUUAGCUCACGUAUUAACAACCGCGCAGUGUACCAACCGGCUCCGGGCGGUUGGCGAGCCCGUCAGUGUUCCACAGAGUUCCUCCACAGGGGGUCGGGGAGCUACAGAGAGACUGGAACCUCUGGGUCCUUCAUCGUUUACUCCAUGCCUUUUUGUUUUUAAAAAGAAGGAUGUAUGUAAUUAUUUAAAGUGCAUUUAAAUAUUUUUUGAGAAGCAUUCCUUCCUUUCGCAACUAUGGAUGUCUACUUUUCUUCCCUAAAGCUAGGGAAUAUAUAAAUAUAUAUACAUUUAUAUAUAUAUAUAUAUAUAUAAACGGCAAAUGAAAAGAGCAGACUGUAAAGUUUUCAAUGUAAGAUACAUAGACAUGAAAGUGCUAUACUGUUCUCUACAUAAUAUUGUGAUGUAAUCUUCCAAACAUUUGGUGAAAUUAAUAAACCUGAAUUCUGAUCCAC